AGGAGGGGGGCUGAGCGUUUCCUUUUUUCCCCCAUUUGCAUCACACUGUGAAGCAAAAAAAACAAAAACAAGACUAAACUACAAAUGAGGUCUGGAUUAAAGUGAGCAGACCUGGAAGAGGAUGCUGCAAAAAACUACAAAGCUUCCAAAACAACACCGACUCACUCAGUCAGUCAGUCAGUCAGUCAGUCGACGGACAGACUGCUCAGUGAAGGACGGAAAUAAAAAAGGACAGAUCAGCCAAAGUUUGACGCAAUUCUUCAGGAAUAACCAGGAAUAGACCGGAGUGUCAUCAUCGAAGUAUCUCACAGAGAAAAAAAACAGCGAUUUCCCUCAACUUUGGACCCGCAGGUAAUCUGAGGAAGUGGGGAAAACCGAUAAAGCAAGUUGUGUUGCAGAAAUUCACAUUUUUUCCAAAGCGGACAAAUCUCAUUUUUGAUACAUCGUGAAGGAUUUGAACUUUCAUCAACGCCGCUUGUAAAUGAAUCCGAGUGGAGUUUCUGAUCCUCAAAGAGACACUCCCAUGAGAAUAACGGAGUUUUAGGCUCUGUAUGCUGGAGAUAACGACUUUGUCGAUGUUUUCUGGACAUGGACAGACACCGAGGAGUCAAAAUCAAAAGGCCUCUUAAAUGAAAUAAAUAGCCGGGUGUUAUAAUGAAAAUGUUAAUUCGGUGAAGUCUUUGGGAAACUCUUCAGGGAAGCCCAAUGAGUGGCCCACAGUCAACACUCACUGACAGGACCCCAAGCAUUCUCAACCACGACCCCACUGACAAGAAACCCAAGAAUGAGAAAUCCCCUGUCUCCCUCAAACACGAGUUCGACCCGACAGGUCUUGUCCAGCGGUGUGUGAUAAUCCAGAGAGAUGAAAAUGGCUUUGGACUGACUGUUAGUGGAGACAAUCCUGUGUUUGUGCAGCUGGUAAAAGAAGAUGGAGCUGCGAUGCGAGCCGGUGUUCAGACAGGAGACAGGAUCAUAAAGGUUAAUGGGAGUUUGGUCACACAUUCAAACCACAUAGAGGUUGUAAAGCUCAUAAAAUCGGGUUCAUAUGUAGCCCUCACAGUGCUGGGGAGGCCUCCGGGACUCCCUCAGAUCCCCCUCGGGGAGGAAGAGGAGGAGGUGAAGGAGGACGGAGCAGAGGUCAGCACACCCUCCUCUCUCUCUGCGCCGCACUCACCUGCUCUGCCAGGUGGGGAGAAAGGCAACCCAGCCUGUAGCCCCUCUCUAGCUGACGGGGACGAGAACAAAACCACACUCAGCCAGAAGGCCGACAUCCUGCAAAAGAUGCUAACCAAGGAGCAACAGGACCUGCAGGCAAAGGAGGAGGAGUACAGCAGAAACCCUCGGCCUAAACUACUGAAGGAGAUCCAAGAGGUCAAAAAGCACAUUUCUGUUCUGCAGGAGCAGCUCAGCAAAGCCGUGUUCCAGGUCGGAGCCACAGCAGCUGAGGAGGGGGACGGUGGGCCUCCUGCAAGGGAACAGACCUCAUCUUUGCAGGGUGACAGCGGUAACGACGGGCCCUCGACCAACAAUAACUCUAUUCAUGGCAGCCCCCUCCCAGAGAGUCCUGGCAACAGAGACACGCCCUGCCAGAGCCCCGACAUCAGCCGCAGAGACGGACUCAAUUUCUGCUCGUCGCCUGACACGGAGGAGACCCCUGACACAGAAUCCAGUGCCCAGUGCAUUGUGGGUAGCCCUCCCUACCUCCUCAACCCUCAGAUCAUCGGAGCAGAAGACGACUACUUUGACUCUCAGCAGGAGCAGAUUAAUGGACCGUGUAGCUCUUUCGAGACUUUGGAUUUACUGAAAUCUCGGCCGGCUCACCUCGCGGUCUUCCUCCAUCAUGUUGUCUCACAGUUUGACCCUGUGCCUUUGCUCUGUUAUCUCUACGCUGAAAUGCACAAGCAAACCAGCUCCAAAGAGAGCCGACGUUUCUUCAUUGAAUUCCACUCGCUCUUUAUGGAUCGAUCAGCAAACCUUAAAGUAACGCUGCCAGAGGCAAUUUCAACAGAAUUGGAGAAGCGCAGGCUGGAGUUAAUACCUGAAGACGUCUGCAAACAGUACACUCAGACGUUACAGGAUUCCCUCUUACCCGACCUGAACAAGAACCUGGAAGACUUCAGACAGAAGCGCAGUAUGGGUCUGACUCUGGCUGAAGAUGAGCUGUCGAAGCUGGACUCGGAGCGCGGAGAAAACCAACAGGUCUUGGAGAAGGAGUGCUCCUGUGCCGAACACAUCCUGUCCAAGAUAGAGGAUAUCCUGUUGACGUCACAGCCUACAGAGGAGGAGAAGUGUCAAACAAUGCAGUAUGUGAUUCUCACCUACAUGAAGCACCUCGGGGUGAAAGUGAAGGAGCCGCGCGGUCUGGAACACAAACGAGCUCGCAUCAAUUUCCUGCCCAAGAUUAAGAAGAGCAUCAAGUCUGAGAAGGACGGUGAGGAGAAGGUGAAAAAGCCUCGAUUUCCCAGCAUCCUUGGCCCGCCACGACGUCUGAGCAGAGUGGAUUCAACUUCAGUCGGUAAGGCCGUGGAAAUUAACAAGCAGCGGUCACCAAAGCAGCUUCCUCAACCAACCGUCUGCAUCCCCGAGCAGUCGGACUCCUCCUCUUCAUCAAAUUCUGGACGGACUCGUGGAAAUCAGCUGAGCGAGGGCUCAGACACCAGCGUCUUAUCCCUGCCUUCCACCACUUCUCCACACAGCUCGCCCACCUGUCUGACCUCGGAUACCAGCGGACAAGACUCAGACUCCAAUUUGUCUCCGUUCUGCAUCCAGACCAGACCGAGCGAGGGUCUGCAGUCUGGAGACCACCAGGACGCCGUCUCCAGUCCAACCAGCACGCAGUUUGACUUCAGCCCCUCUAAUCUGGAGCAGUUACAGGAAGAAGACCAGGAUGCCUUCAGGAUGGAGGUGCAGUGUGCGGUGAGUUCAGGGGACAUCCAGAGUGAAGACGACCUCGGAGGAGAGGUGGAGGGAAGCGAAGAGGAUCCUCUGAACUGGCAAAGUCUGGUCAGUCGAGGAGUCCUGGCCAGUUUAACACCUCUGGAGAUCAAACGCCAGGAAGUCAUCAACGAGCUGUUCUACACGGAGCGCGCUCACCUGCGGAUGCUGAAGGUGUUGGACUCUGUUUUCUAUCAGAGGCUGAGCAGAGACGGGAUCCUCCCUCCAGAAGACCUCAAACACGUCUUUAUCAACCUGGAGGAAAUCAUUCAGCUGCACGUUUCUGUAACAGAGCAGAUGACCUCAAUCAGGAAGAGAAGUGAGACGUCUGUGAUCGGACAAAUCGCAGAUGACCUCCUGGCAUGGUUCAGCGGGGAGGAAGAGGAGAAGAUUAAAAGAGCGGUGGGGACGUUCUGCAGCAACCAGCCGUCUGCGCUGGAGCUCAUCAAGAGCAGAAAGAAGAAAGACCAGAGGUUCACCUUAUUCAUGCGGGAGGCGGAGAGUAACCGUCUGUGUCGCAGGCUGCAGCUGAAAGACAUCAUCCCUGUGGAGAUGCAGAGAGUCACCAAGUACCCACUUCUGCUGGACAAUAUUGCCAAAUACACAGAAGACGGCGAGGAGAGAGAAAAAGUGCGACGAGCUGCAGAAUGUUGUAAAAAGAUCCUCAACCAUGUAAACCAGGCGGUCAAAGAGGCCGAAAACAAACAGAGGCUGAUCGAGUAUCAGAGAAGGUUAGACAUCUCCUCACUCAAACAGAGUGACAACCCCAUGAUCCUCGAGCUGAAGAAUCUGGACCUGACAAAGAGGAAGAUGGUGCACGAGGGGCCGCUCUCCUGGAAAAUCAACAAAGACAAAAUAAUUGAGCUGUACACACUCCUGCUGGAGGACAUUCUGGUUCUGCUGCAGAAACAGGACGAGCGUCUGGUCCUCAAAUUACACGGCAAAAACCCGGCCAGUGCAGCCGACACCAAAAACAUCUUCAGCCCGGUCAUCAAACUCAACACUGUGCUGGUUCGUCCUGUAGCCACUGACAACAGGUCUUUCUUCGUGCUGUCCAUGUCAGAAAACGGGGCUCAGAUCUACAAGGUGAAGUCUCAGACGGUGUCCGAUCAGAGAAUGUGGCAGUGUCUGAUCACACAAUGUGCCGACGCCAUGAAGGCCAAACCUCACAACAGAGACAAACCUCCAGCUCAGACCGAAGCCGAGCGAGACGCCAUCGAGAUCAUCAAACAAGCUUUGCCCAAAGCGACCAAAGAGGCUGCUGGCACAUCGGAUGGAAGCGUCAACUCUUCAGAUCUCGCGUCUCCAUGCAUCGCCGAUAAAGAUGCCGCCUCUUCUCCAGACAUUCAACGUCCGUCGAGUACCAACCCGUUUGACGGCAUGAAAUCAGAGGAUGAGGAAGAGGAGCUGGCCUCAGCAGAGAGACAGGAGGAGGAGGAGGAGGAGGAGGAGGAGGAGGAGGAGGAAGGGGGUGAUGAAGAGAUAGAUGAAGCAGAGCUGGAGGCGUUCCUGGACGGGCAGCUGCCCUUCCUGCAGGAGGAGACACCUCAGAGCGUCGCUGCUGAAAACCAAGAGCUCAACGCGUUCGAUUCAGCCUCCUCCUCUAAAGGCGAAGAGGCUCUCAGGACGUUGGCCAUGCUGAAGCAGGCUCUUUUCAACCACAUGAUCAGCAGAGAGGCGGAGGAGGAGACAGGGGGGGAGAAGAGGGAGAGUGGGGCGCCCGGCUGUCAGCCGAGUGCCUCUUUGCCCAGGAGCCCCGAGGGGGGGCCGUCUGCUGCGAGUGAAGAGAGCCGAGUGUCUUCAAGUUCACAGAGAGACGACACUCAGCUUCCCUCGGGACUCACAGGGACGUCAGAGACACCUGAACGCAACGGUGGUUUUGUGGUUCUGGACUUUGGAGGCUCAGAGGAGAGCAGCACCGAUGACGACGGGGGAGUAGGAGUGGACGUGGGGAUCGACAUGAGCAAACUGCUCUCCUCCUCCUCGCAGACAGGAGGCGUCAGUGGGCCCAACCUCAGCAGGCAGCUCAUGACUCACCUGCGCCUCCUGCAGGCCGACCUGCAGUAUCUGAAGGAGGUGGAGAUAAAGUACAACGAGCUGCGACAAACACACAGCGACCCGGCUACUGACUCAGAGGACAACAAUGGUUUACCAGACGGGAUUCAGUGAUGAAAGACUUCUGUUGUCGUCGUCGUAUGAGCCAGAUGAAUGUUUCUCCUUUGGUGUCUUCUGGACCUUGUUAUCGUUGAUGUCGCCCCAACAACAGAGAAUCAAUCUCCGACCACAUCUUGUUUCAGUGGAAGUAUCAGAAUCACCAAUGACGCUCCUUUAAAGGAGGGACACUCAGAAGAACCAGAGGAUUAUUCACUCUCUUUUCUGUUCUAAUGAUAUUAAUUAUCAAUGCAUAAAUUAUCUUUAACACUGGAGAUACGCUUUGGAAAACAGACUAACUGUGGAUGUACCACGGAGACAAAAUAAGAAGAGACAUGAAGACUGUGUGCAGGAUGACUCUCUGAGGAUCCAGAAGGUGGAUUUCUUAUUCAGGACUCACUGCUGUAAACUUGAUAUUUCACUUUGCAAUUCGUGCUUUCAAACGCCACAUAGUCUAACGUGCUUAACGAUACUUCCCUACUCUGUUACUGCCCUGAAAAGCAAACUUUUAAUCUCCUCUCAUCAUGGUGAGUAUGUGUAAAGAUUCAGGAACAUCUGCAAAAACAGCCCCCCCCCCUCAAAGAAAACAUAUAUUUAUGUUGCAUGGUUUGUAAUGUAUGUCUUUAGCCUAGCUAAGCAUAAAAAUGGAAAUAAGGAGGACCAGCUGGGCUACAUGGAAAAACCUCUUAACUCUCAUUGGUUGGAUGUUUGUUUUAUCUUCACACAUGCAGAAAUGUUAAAAUGCAAACAUCCGAGUACUAACCUGGCCCCUGAUUAGCUUCUGAGACUGGACGAGAUCUUGAGUGUUCAGGGUGCUAGGCUGUAAGCAGUGUUUUAUAACUCUUAGACAGCUUGAGAUAUUUGACAAAAGGGCUGGGCUGAUGGAUUAAAGGAUUUUGUCAGAAAGUAUUUUCGGGAAGUAGCUCUCCAUAAAAGCAAAAAUUGUUUUCGUCAGGACAAAAAAACAUAUUAAGGUUUGGAUGAGUUUUACUUGUAGGUAGAUUCGGAUGUUAACAUAAAACAUGUUGAACAUUUACAUGAAAACAUUUUGACUUCAAAUUUCUCUUAAAUUUGAAUGAAAAAAAUGGACUUAAAUGUAGAACUUUUUCAUGGAAAAAUUGACUUCAAAUUUUUCGAAAAUUGUCUUGAAAAAAUGUUGACUUCGAAAAUGUCUAAAAUUUUCAUGAACAUUUUUUGACUUCAAAUUUCUCUAAAAUUUUAA